AUGGCAACAGAAUUUGAGGUGCGUGAUAUGGGGUCUCCUUCCUUUUUCCUUGGUAUUGAGACCAUUCCGGUUGAGUCCGGCUUGCUUCUGUCUCAGCGGCGUUAUAUGGGAGAUAUUUUGAAGUGGGUUGGUAUGGUGGACUAUAAGCCUCUGGCUACUCUGGUUUCCUUGGUUCGUUCUACUGCUGACGAGGCCACUCCAUACGCUGAUCCUACUCAGUACCAUAGCUUUGCUGUUUAUGCAUUCUCCUACCACUGUUCACUGGGCGCGCUUAAACGUGUUUUGCGGUACGUCAAGGGCACUUUACACUAUGGUUUGCUGAUUCAUAAGUCUAUGUCUGUUGAUGUUAAAGCCUUUUCAGAUUCUAACUGGGCUGGUAAUCAAGAUGAUCGGAAGUCUACAAGUGGUUUUGUUGUGUUUUUGGGCAAGAAUUUGGUGUCUUGGGUGUGUCGCAAGCAGUGGACUGUUGCGCGCUCUUCCACUGAAGCGGAGUAUAAGGUCUUAGCCGAUGUAUCUACUGAGGUGACGUGGUAG